AUGGUGGUAGUUCUGGUGCAUGGCUUCGGCGGGUGGAGCCGCGAGGAGAUGAGAGGGAAGUUCUUCUACUGGGGAGCACAGAAAGAUCUUGCAAGUGAGCUCAUGGAUGCAGACGGAUCGCUGCGUGUGCUCACUGCUUCCGUCGGCCCCUUCAGCUCCGUCUGGGACAGAGCCGUCGAACUCUUCUAUCAAAUCAAGGGAGGAAGGGUGGACUACGGGAGGGCACACUCCCAAGCGCACAAGCACGAGCGAUAUGGUCGCACCUUUCCGGGGCUCUACCCGGAGUGGAGCGAGGAGCGCCCAAUCCACCUCCUCGGUCACAGCAUGGGUGGCUUGACCGCAAGGGCCCUUGUGCAGCUGCUGAGCCAGCACGGGAGGGACAGGGAGGAGGAGGACGUGUUCGGUGAGCUCGAGUACAGCGACGCCAUCAGCGACAGGUGGGUGAGGACGGUGACAACAGUCGCCUGCCCGCACGACGGGACUCCCCUGCUGUCCGUGGUCAAGGACUUGGACCUGAUGGACUUAAUCUUCCAAGGUACGUCGAUCAUGGCAGGAGCAGCAGGUAGGAGGAGAAAGCCCGAGGACCCGCAACUCUUCGACUUCAAGCUGGACCAGUGGGGUUGAAGCCGCAGGAGGAGGAGGAGACGUGGAGGGAGUACAGGAGUCGCGUUUCCAACUCUAAGGUGUGGAGGGAGAAGCCGAGGGACCUGUGCCAUCACGAUCUCUCUCUUGAGGGAGCAGCGGAGCUCAAUUCAUGGAUCCAAGAGUCUCCAUCCGUCUACUACUUCUCCCUCUCCUCCUGCACAACAUACCUGGAUCCGUUUUCCUUCGGAGAAGCCUUCCUUCCCCUCCUGUCGACAAAUCCUAUGUUCGUGGGGCCUGGGACCCUGCUGGGAUGUGCAUCAAGAGCUGGGGAUCGCCUCUGCCCAAGGAUCGACAAGGGCUGGAGAAGCAACGACGGUCUUGUCUCUACCAUCUCCACGCGUUGGCCGUCUCUCUGCUACAAGUCGAGUAGCGACGAAACGGCGAUUGUUCUCCCUUCCAAUCCCCUCCCCUCCCCGGACUGGCAGCUGUGCUCGAGGGCUACCGAGGUAGAUGAUGUUUGUAAUGGAGAGGAUGCCGCAAAGUUCGGAUCGAAGGGUCUGCUGUGGUGGAGAGAUAAGGAGUUCUCGUUUUCUUGCCAGAUCCGUGCAGGCGUGUGGAACUACCUGGGUCAGAUGACAGAUCUUGAUCACCUUGCCUGCAUCGGCUGGAACUUCGGCUAUGCUGGAGUUGGAAGCCUCCUGCCGACCAGCUGGACAUGGGAAGCGAAGGAGUUCUACCUCGACCUGUUCGCCUUCCUCCGCCACGUCGUGAGAUGAGACACGACAGACUUCAUGUACAAAAUAAUAAUGGAGUUAAGAAC